AUGGAGAUCGACCAAGCAACUGGGCCACCACCAGACGGAAACGGGGCUCACUCCCCACUUUCGACGUCUCCCGCCUCACCAGCCAGUGGGCGGCCGAGGGCCAAGAUUAUCAGGAAUCAGAACGCCUGCGACGCAUGUCGGUCCCGCAAAGUCAGAUGUCUCUACGGCUCGGGACAGGGUCGAUGCCAAGGCUGUACAUUCCUCGACAUACAAUGCACUCAUGAACGGCCGCGGAGGAGGAGGGGACCACCAAACAAGUCCGUCCAAGCCCCAGCCCUGCAUCUCAUCUCAUCAUGGGAUGAUGCUAUCCAGCCGACAGCUCACAUACUGACCAACCAUGACAGACACGCACAGCAACAUCGGCAGCAACAACACGAGCAACAGCAAGUAAAUGCUACCGCAUCGGCUGCCAGCCAGAGGAGUCCUUCAGUAUCAGACAUCACCUCACCAGACGUAGGCCUCGCCUACCAAACCUCACCCGCCGCCUCAUCCUCGACCCACACUCAGACACCCCUUUCUCAUUCUCACUCUCACCCUCACCCUCACACAACUGCCACGCCUCACUCAGCAACAGACCUGCGCGCCAUCAUCGCAGGCGCGCCGAGUCCCAACACCACCACGGGAUCCCACCACAGCGACCGUCUCGCCCUCUUCGCCUCCGAAGACCUCGUCCAGCGGAUGCUCCACGACUGGUUCGAGAAAGUCCACGCCCUCGCCCCUGUCCUCCACCGGCGUCGCUUCCUGCACCGCCUCAAAGCCGGCGAGGCAAACACCGACCGCACCUUUUGCGCCCUGGUCGUGAGCGUCUGCGCCGCGACGGUAGCGACGCUGCGGAGGGCCGACUACAGCCCCGUCACGGUCGAGCGGUGUCUGGACUUCAUCGAGGAGCAGCACCUGCUCGACCAUGGCCUUCGGAAGCCCGUCUACUCGCUGGACUGGUGCGUCGCAAUGUACAAUAUCGGCACGUCGGCCAGCUCGAUGAACGAGGACGGGCUGGGUGACAUGGGGUCGUUCCAUGGUAUGUCCGAGGCGGCGGCGGGGGCGAGGUUCCUAGCGUACUACCGCAUGGCGGACCUGGAUAUGUCCGAGCAGCAGCUGCUGAAGAGGCUCUUUUGGCUGAUCUUUGCGGCGUAUUGUAGUGCGGACAUAUUCGGCAGACUGUCCGUAAGUAUCGUCUCUCAUCAAGAGAACCGCGCCCACCUGCGCCCUUUACCCCUGACAGACUCGCAACUCGAGACAGGGCCACAGCUGUCGCACGCGGAAUUACCGCCGUGGCACGGCGAUACAACUUCCUACGUACCGGGGUUAAACCAGCUAAGCGAUCUCUUCCUGAUAUGGCAUGAGGCGCAAACCGCCCCCAUGAGCCUCUACGGCGGCCAAGAAGAGGCUCUCAAGCACUGGCUCGCCAAAAUCCAAACAAUCAUUGACAACUUUCCGCCGGAACUACGCUGGCGCGGGGGUCUGUCCCGCCCUUCUCACAUAACAGAAGGUCACGACACACAAAUCGCUAACCUCUUCAUCACGAGCCUCAACAUCCGCUCCAAUCUGCUGCAAAAGUUCGGUUCCACGGUCAAGACGCGCGCGGCGGAGCACCAGCGCAUCGUUGAUGACCUGCUCGAGAUCCUGUACCACAUGCCGCAGCACGUCCUUGAGCAGAACGGCAACAGCCUGAUCCCGAAGCUGAGGGACUGCGGGGCGGCGUACAUGGAGCAGAUGGACGUUGGCGACGGCGCGCUGGUGAGUGAGGGCGCUAGGCUGAAGCUGGAAAAGUUACUGCGGAAGCUGGAUGAUAUUGACUGCUGGCCUGGCUUGCCUGGGAUCGAGAGCCCGCAGAGUAAUAGGCAAUGA